AAACUUCUUUUUGAUCCAAUCUUUGUAAAAAACCAAAAAUGAAAUGUUUGUUGUGUAGCAGCUUUACGGGCCGAAAUUUAUCAACAAAAAAAAUAAAUAUUAAUCAUUCGAAUUGACUCUUGUUUGAUUAAUUCUUGACAAAAUGAAUUUCCUUAUAAUAAUCUUAUCUUUGAUAUCUUUUAUAGUCUAUAAAAUUUAUCAAAAAUUAAGAGUACCUAAAGGACUUGAAAAUGUGCCAACAAUAAGUAGCACCGGCUUUAUUAUUGAAUUACUUAAUAAAGCUGGACCAGACAAGCGUUGGGAAAAAAUGAAAGAUCUUGUAGAAAAAGAAGGAAUUGGGAAGUUUUGGUUCAAUGGAGAAUGGAUGGUCAUGAUAACCGAUUUGGGAUUAGUAAAAGACAUAAUUACAAAAUCUGAUUUAUAUCCCAAGAUCCCUCUCGAAGAAUCAUUCCCUGGAUCUUUAAUUGCUCAAUAUUAUGGUACAAACGUAGUAAUGUCCAACGGUGAUGUUUGGAGACGCCACCGUCGUAUUACAAAUCCUUCUUUUCGAAGUUUACCAGUACAUGUAUUUGUUGAAUCUGUUAUGAAACUGUUAGAUGUCAUGGAAAAAGUUGAUAAUGAACCUAUAGAGAUCAAAAAUUUCAUGCAUAGUUUGACUUUAGAUGUACUUGGUAGAGCUGCUUUUGGUUUUGAUUUUAACAAUCUUGAAGAUCCAAAAAAUGUAUAUGUCACUACUUAUAAUGAAGUAUUAAAAGAAUUGGGAAAUCCAUUAUAUUUUGUUAUCCCAUUUCUUUCAUAUCUUCCGCGUCCUGAAGCACUUAAGAAGAUGACAAAACUUAAUAAUUUAUAUGAUGGACUUGUUGAAAAAAAACGUCAAUCAAUGAAAUCAGGAGAGUUAGAUGAAAAGAUAAAUAAUAAUUCUGCCGAUUUAUUAGAGCAUAUGAUAAGUGCUUGCAAUGAUCCAGAAAAUCCAACUUUGACAAAUGAUGAAUUACGGUAUAAUCUUGCAAUUUUUAUGUUAGCUGGUCAUGACACUACCGCAAAUUCCUUAACAACCAUAUUGUAUCUUUUGGCUAUCCACAAGGAUGCGCAAAAAAAAGUGCGUGAUGAAAUCUUACGCGUUCUUGGUGAUAAUUUAAUGCCAAGCAUGGAGCAACAUAAAGAAUUAAAAUAUAUGAACAUGGUUAUAAAUGAAAAUCUAAGAUUAUAUCCUCCGAUUGCACAAUUAUCAGUAAGAAAAAAUGUACAGGAUGUUAAAUUUGACGAUCAUAUAAUUCCAGCCCAAACACCUUUAUUUUUAUCUGUUUAUGGAAUUCAUCAUUCGUCAAAAAAUUGGGAGAAUCCCGAAGAAUUUAUUCCUGAAAGAUUUGAGAAUGAAAAACAUGAUCAUUUUGCUUGGUUAGGUUUUGGUGGUGGUAGUAGAGCAUGUUUAGGAAAUAAUUUCUCACUUAUUGAACAGAGAAUAACUCUAUGCGCUUUAUUAAGAAAAUAUGAAGUGUCCUUACCAGCAGAUAGUAUUCACAAGGAUAAGUUACAAAUUGAACCUGAUAAUAGUGGAACUAUGGGACCAUAUCCAAUACCUUUAAUCUUUAAAAGAAGAACAGAAUGAGGACAAUUAUUAUUUAGUUAAUUAAUUUAAGUGGGUCUAAGGGUUAGGGAAUAAAUUAACGCUCAAACACACACAAGUUGGUAUGGAGUUAAAGUCUUACAAACUAAAAAUUAUUUUUGCCACUUAAUUCUAUAUUAUAAGUAGUUUUAAUGGAACUAAAUAAUGAAUAUUUAUUAUAAUUUUACAUAUGAUUAGCUGCUAGUUUUUAAUAAUCAUAUACUGUUAAGUUUCUUAGUAAAAAUUUAAUAAAUCUCUCGUAACU